UAUGUAUAACUGUGUACGUGACAAAUGAUCUUAUCUCUUUUGUUGGAAGUAACUCAAAUAGAAAUGGGCUGCAGAGCUGCAAGUCAAGAUCCUGCAAUGAAAACUAUAUUUGGACCAAAUGUGGGUAUGUAAGCAAUGAUCUCUUUUUUAGAGUUGUUUACAAGCUAGCUAGCAAGCUGUAGUAUGUUAUAUGCAAUGGGAUGUUAAAUACUAUUUUUAUUUUAUUUUUUUUAAUAUUUUGUACGCAGUUGUAAAUGUAAUUUCCCCAUUGCGGGACAAAUAAUGUGUCAUUUGUGUCAAAUUAUGUGUAACUUCAUAAACCUUAGUCAAAAUAGAUAUUGAUAAGGACUUCUGAGUCAUAUUUCUGAGAAAUAUUACCCUGUGAUUAGACAGUGCAAACUAUUUAUGUUUUAUUUAUCUUUUCAUACAAUUUUUUUAAAUGUAUAUUUAUUUCUGUCAGUAUUCCUGCUGUGCUCUGAGACAUUGCACCGAAAUUUAAUUUUGGUGUAAAUUACAACUAUAUAUAUAUAUUAGAAAUCAGUACAGUAUGAACUGAAUAGUCCCCUAUCGUUUAAAUAGAUCAGCAUUUGUUUUUUGGGUGUAUUUUUGUUGCAUUUCUCACCUCCGAUCUCACCCAUUCAUGCUGCAUCGUGAAUGCACAAUCAAAAAUAACCUCGACACAUAUCAACCAUUUAAAUACAGGCCAUCUGCUCCCAUAUGUAAUUGUAAACACCAGCGACUCCUCCUAUCAGGGCGUCCCUCACCCCCUGACCACGCCCUUCGCCCCGCUACUCUCUGAUCCUAUUGGCUAAGGGCGAGGGGGUCUACCCCACGUUGCGGCCUCGAGGCCCCUCCCACCAGACGUCGGACCGCCCCCCAGAUCGAGAACAAAAACAAUCGGCAUCCCUCUUCAGUCAGUACAACAUAAACAAGGAGACCCAAGCCACUUUAGCUGCUAUUUUCCUCUUCUUUUUUUUUUUUUUUUUUUAAAUAGUCCCGGACGCCAGCAAAGGAGAAAUGGUUUCUCCGGUCACAGUGGUGAAGAGCGAAGGCCCCAAACUGGUGCCGUUCUUCAAGGCUACCUGUGUGUACUUCGUCCUGUGGCUGCCCACCUCCAGCCCGUCCUGGUUCAGCGCCUUGAUCAAAUGUCUGCCCAUCUUCUGCCUGUGGGUCUUUUUACUGGCCCACGGUUUCAGCUUCCUCGGCGCUCACGCCAGCGCCCGCAAGAUCCUGGCCGGUCUCAUCUUUUCCGCUCUGGGCGAUGCCUUCCUCAUCUGGCAGGAGCAGGGCUACUUCGUCCACGGUCUUUUGAUGUUCGCCAUCACCCACAUCCUCUACUCGUCUGCCUUUGGGAUGAAGCCUCUUAACGUGCGCGCCGGCCUGGUGAUCUCUGCCGUGUCGUCUGUGAGCUACCUGCUGCUCUACCCCUACCUGUCGGGCCCGUUCACCUACCUGGUGGCCGUGUACAUCGCCCUGAUCGGCUUCAUGGGCUGGAGGGCCAUCGCGGGCCUGCAGCUCGCCAACGACCUGUGGACGUGGACCAAGCUGUCCGCCUGCCUGGGCGCCGUGCUCUUCAUGGUGUCCGACCUCACCAUCGCCGUCAACAAGUUCUGCUUCCCCGUGCCGCACUCGCGCGCCAUCAUCAUGGCCACCUACUACGCCGCCCAGAUGCUCAUAGCGCUGUCGGCCGUGGAGUGCCAGGACGCCGAGGUGGCCAGGAAGAGGUCAUGAGGUACGGGGGUCUACGAAGAGCACGGGGCGAGAGGGAAGGUGGCCGCACCCGCCCCCGUAACCCCGAGUGAUCAUGGACACGUCUCACUGCCAGAUCCCCAACCCCCAGCCUUCAUCGCGGUGUGGCGCUCCCGCACCUGCGUUGCUACGGCGACCGGUCCACCACGGUCUCUCCGCUCCCACCGCCCUAAUGUCCAACUAGUACGGUAGUCUAACGUGUGUCCUCUCACCGAGAAGACGCUGUAGUGUUAACGUCAGUCCCCCAAAACCCAGAUUGGACGACCUAGUUACCAUGGAAACCAGUGUAGUUAUAUUAACCUGCUAUAUAUCGAGUAUUAUCUUACUUUUUAAACCAUUAUGUUUUAAUUCUACGGGGAGUGACCUGAGCACCUUUUUUGGGGAGUGUGUAUGUAUGCGUGAGGAGAGUGACUGUAUAUGUUUGAUUAAUACUUUUACCUCGUCCUUUACCAGUCCUUUCACACGCCCCCCCUCCCUACACACACACACUGUCUCCCAGCACAUACAUGUCAUUUAUAUGGUCCAGUGAAACAAUACAACUUAGUAUUUUAUGAGUUUUGUUGGCGACUGAAACCUCGUUUUUAAAGGGAUUUUUUUGUUUUUUACCAGCUCGCCCUCGUUUGUUGCGUUCCCCUGAAUUAAGGGUGCUAUUUUUAAAGUCUGGAGCAUAUCCACACUUGUUUUUAUUAUCUGCAGUCCAAUCCAUUUCACAGCUACACUGCCUCCGUUCUCUACGCCGCUGUUUUAAACACCGAUCGGGCAUAACAUUACGACCGUCUGACUCGGGCUCCCUUUGGAGCCUCCAAAGCAGCAUCUGAGACUGGACGUGGGCUUUUCCGAGGGAAAAGUUUGAUGGAGUUGUUGCAUCCUGCUGCGGUUGGCUGCUGCUUUAGGUGGGCGCUACAUGUCUAAGCCCACAUGAAUGACUAAAAGCUGCAAAAGUUUCCCAGCAGAACGGGGAAUUGCGUUAAAGUUACGGUCAAAGUUACGCACAUCGCCCGUUGCUAGGUUUUAAUGUUGUGGCUGAUCGGUGUAAAAAAAUGAGUGUAAGCCAAAGAAGGAGGAGUGAAAAGGCUGAGAGGAGGUCGCGUGUCUGUAAAAAAGCCGGCGUGCAUUGUUUGGGGAGCUUGUUUGUGGAAGCUGGAUGUUUCCUGCAGGGAUUCCAUUGACACCGCUGUCAAUGUCCCACUGUUGAAGAGAGGACACGGUAAACACUGCAGUCACAACACACUAUUGUACACCUUCAAACAUGCUGUACGGUGCACCUGCUUCUCCCCCUGGUGUUACGUGAGUCUGCCUGUCAGCAGUUUUUUUUUAUAAGAAGCAUAGGUACAAAAUAUCAGUGUGCCCACACCUGGCACCUUCAUCCCCUGCUGGUUUAGUUAUUAGGAAAAGUUCACGGGGAUCUUAUUGCUGGCCCCGGUCACCUGACCCAUGCUGUCACUGACCGGAGCCUGAACAGGCAGGACUUAUGUUACUGGCUUCUUUUUUUUUUUGUUUUUUUUUUUGUUGCGUGUCUGUCGAUGCCUCAGAAGGUUUUCACUCACUCGUAACAACACGCACACAAACAUACAGCCAGACGACAAAAGAAAAGAAAAAGAAAGAAAGAAAAAAGGGAAGACAUGGAGCUGGCUCGUCACGAGAGGGAACCGUUAUCACAUUAUUCCCGAUAAUUCCACCCACGCAGGACGCAGAUUUAAUCCUGCAAAAUCCACCGCAGCUAAUCCUCGACCCGUUUCAUCUCUCGCUCCUUUCGUUUCUUUUCCACCCGGCGCACACUUUUAAAAGAAAAUGAAGUAGCUUUCGCCUCAAGACGUCUGCGUUCGUGCACGUCAGAGCCAGAGAUCCCGUGAACCGACACGGUUUUUACAGAGGAGACACACUACUGGUUAUUUUAAUGUAUUCUCACCAUAGUUUAAUCACAUUCCCGUUUUCCCAAUGCUGGACGUUAUUCCAAAUGUAUUAAAUAGAAGUAUUAAAAAAACAAACAAAAAAAAAAACGUAUCUUAUAUGCUGUUUCUAAAAUAAACAGUCAUGGGGAAGAAACAAGCCCGUAUUAUGGGUUCCUUCUGCAGGCUCAGUGACUCUUAAUGCUGUCGGUACAACACCUCAUACGCACAACAGAAACAAAAAAAACCCCCACACACAUCAGCCACCGUGACACAUCUGCAGGCAGAACACGGUGCAGCUGGCGCUUCAUCGAGGUCCUGAAAACAUCCAGGGAGUCUUGUUUUGACCGAGAAAGACACCGACGUCCCAGGGGGCUGUUCUUGACCACUGCUUUGCUUUGCCAGAUACUUCCUCUUAUGUCCUGUCCCGUCCUCCCGUCUCCGCUAGAGUCUCCCUCCACAGAACUGCCCCUCAGACUCAGCCGUUAAUAGAAGCCUUCGCGGUGGAAAUGCUCCCCCUUUGUUUUUGUCUUAAAAUCGAGGUUUAGUGGAGACUGACUCCAGUUAAACCUUAAUGGGACGGUGAGAGUGAGUCAGUUCAUUGCACUCAACCUUAUUAUGAGUAGGUCUUAUAUGAGUGCUGCUUAUUUUGCCACUCAAACUCAAACCCUCCUGACUUUUGCUCUUAAAGAUAUGAGGGACACCAAAAGACAAACUUAAUAACUUAAAAGUAUUUUGGGAGAUCCUAACCAGUCAUCUUUUCUAGACUUUAACUUAACGAAGCAGGACGUUAUUGGGAGCAUUUAGUCUUGACUAUGGACUCUUCACUUUAACCUCUUGAGACCUGAGCUUUUGUCUGCUAUGCAUUUUUAAUUUUUAAUUUCUCCAAGGUGUCUGGGAUUAGUUGGACCCAGGACGUAUAAAAACUUUGAACAGGAAGUCCAUUUUUAAAACAAUAACAAAAAACAAACAUGGGGAUUAUUUCAUGUUAUUUUAUAAUGAAGUCAACAAAAUAGAAAACUGUUUAUUUUAAUAUCUCAGCAAAAGCAGAAUUGCAGACAAUGAAGUCCCAGUGUCCUCAAACGAGGACUUUAGCUAACUGACGAGCUAAUUAGCUGUAGCUUCUUACUAUCGACAGAAUUUGUUAAAUUUGAUAAAAGUUAAUAAGUGUAACUAAACAAGUUUCAGUUGUUUCAAUCUGCUGAAAUGUCCUCACAUGUGGACGCAAGGUCUCAGGAGGUUAAAUCACGACAGAAAACACAGAGGCCUCGUUUAAGGGAGAGGAACUUGUUAGCAUGAGAGGCCUCUCUCUCUAUCUCUCUCUGGUGCACGGUCGCGUGACGCCGUCCAUUCAGGAAGUUGUUACUGGUGAGCGAUACUGUAGCUGGAAUUAGGUUAGGAGGUGAAAUAUGACGCACAAGAGAAGACUGUCCUUCCAUCCGGGCCUGUUUCCUGCCAUCCUGUCCUCCCGUCUCCACGGAUGGCAGGACAGCAGGCGCAUCGUUUUACCUCAGCCCGUCAACAGACCCCUUGUUCUGAGCUUUGUGUGCGCUAACAGAAGGGACCCGAGGGAGCUGUGGGAGGCAGGUAUGGCCCGGCCUCCAGGCCGAGUUCUGACCUGGAACCAGGUUUCUCUCGGCCCCUCUGACUAACUUUUGUGUUUGCUUCUUGUGAUGUUGGAUUUGAAAUCAUUGCUGUUAACGCACCGUUCUCACCAUCAUCCUGUUCACUCGAAAGCAGGCGACAUUCAGAAGCUGUUUGUUUAUCUCCACUCAUGCAAAGACGGAGAACGAGUCGUCCUUACGCACCUCAUGCAGGUGUUUUCAUCAGAGCGUGAGCUCAUGACAAGUAUGAGAAAUAACCACUUUCUCUGCUGCACGUUUCUGCAGCCAGAGCUAAGGCCAGUCAAUCUCUCCUUAAAGCUACCAGCUCUAGUGUUUGAAACAAAGGGUUGUCGUGUACUGUAUCCUCUGAAGUAUUUGCAAAUUUUUGUUUAAUUUUUUAUUUUAUUUUUUUUUCUUGGAGAGAGGAGUUUGAAAGUGUUUUGAAAGUGACAAAUCAGAGUCAGCAUUAAUUUCCCUUAGCGUGUUACAUCCCUUAAUGUGGAUUUUUUUUUUUUUUUUCCUCAUAAAGAGUGUUAUUUGUUUAUUUGCAAAAAUCAAGGCCACUCCACACUGGUGAUAUUUUUUGCAGUGGGACAAAAAGGCCGAGCUUGUUUUCUGCAAAUGACAUCUGAUUUUCUUUUUUUUUUUUUUAUUCACUGAUACACUUUGCUGUCCUCAACUUUCACUUUAGUGAUUUUUAUUUCUUCAUGACUGUAGAGACAGAAUAGUUUCUUUGCUGUAGUGAAACUGCUAUGAAUGUGAAUAUAUAUAAUGGAGAAAUAAAUGCAAUUACAAUGCAACUUCAACACAAA